UCCGGCUAUUAACUGGAUAAUCCUAAACUGCCGCUGACGCAGAAACAAGUCUUGUCCGAUUCCCCUCCUCUUCCGCUUUCGCGCUCUCUCUCCCUGUCUCUCCCCAGUCUUCUUCGGUGCUCUAGCGUUAGGGUUUGUUGCUCGAUUCUUUGGUGAGGAACCAUGAUCGUCUACCAGGAUUUGCUCACAGGUGAUGAGCUCCUCUCAGACUCGUUCCCAUACAAAGAAAUCGAAAAUGGAAUGCUGUGGGAAGUUGAGGGGAAGUGGGUUGUUCAAGGAGCUGUAAAUGUAGACAUUGGUGCUAAUCCUUCUGCUGAAGGUGGUGAAGAAGAUGAAGGGGUUGAUGAUCAGGCUCAGAAGGUGGUUGAUAUUGUUGACACCUUCCGCCUUCAGGAACAACCUGCCUUUGACAAGAAGCAAUUUGUGACCUAUAUGAAGCGUUAUAUUAAGCUUUUGACACCCAAGCUGGAUGAGGAGAAGCAGGAGCUCUUUAAAAAGCACAUUGAGGGAGCUACCAAGUAUUUACUCUCGAAGCUCAGCGACCUACAAUUUUUUGUGGGUGAGAGCUUGCAUGAUGAUGGUAGCUUGGUCUUUGCAUACUACAAGGAGGGAGCCACUGAUCCAACAUUUUUGUACUUUGCCUAUGGAUUGAAGGAGGUCAAGUGCUAAGGAUGAUGCUGCCAAUCCCGAAGGGGAUGUUUUUUAGUUAAAUAGUACUGCCUUGUCUUUCUGCCAGAAGACCUAUUAUGUUAUGCUGCGUUUAACUUUUUUUUUUUUUGGGUGCGCCUUUUUAAUCUAAUUGGUUAAAUAAGUACUUGUUUGAGUUUUGCUUAUGAGUGUUUUAAUGAGUUUUUAAUGGAAUAUUAAGUACUGUUUGAGGAAUAAAGUAUCGUGCUGCUUUUUUAA